GUCAUGGCGGGGAACUCCAGCAGGACCCAGCUCGACAAUGCCACGUUGUUGCUGUUUCAGAAUGUGCACACCAGUGUUGCCAUUUCUGUUAUCUACAUGUUCGUAACAGUCAUCAACCUGGCAGGAAACGGCCUGUCAGUAUGGCUCCUCCUCUUUCGUACCUCCCCCAAGACUCCCUCCAUAAUCUUCAUGAUUAACCUCACCAUCACCGACUUGGCUCUUGGCACCGCCCUGCCCUUUCAGAUCUCCUACCAGCUCCAUGGGUACAACUGGACUCUGGGAUCCAAGAUGUGCAGUUUCCUGACCCUGGUUUUCUACACGAACAUGUACUGCUCCAUCCUGACCAUGAUGGCCAUUGGAAUCGAUCGCUACCUGGGUAUCGUCAAGCCCAUGGCAUUCAGGAAGAACCGGUGGAGCAAGUCUGUUGCGGUCAUGAGCUGCUUCUUCAUGUGGAGUUUAGUGCUGUCCAUUUUGUACCCACUGAUGACCACGGACUUGACCUAUGACAUUCCUAAACUUGGCAUCACCACUUGCUUUGACGUGUUGAAGAAAACCAUGCUCCCGUCGGUGGCAGCGUGGGCAGCCUUUCUUUUCAGUCUCGUGUUUGUUCUGUUCCUCCUCCCCUUCUGUGUCACAAUAUUCUGCUAUGUUAGCGUCAUACACAAGCUGGCCAGUGAUUCCAAGACAGCCCAGAAGAAAAGAGCGAUACGUCUGGCUGUUGUUGUUCUGCUCGCCUUCAUGGUCUGCUUUGCUCCCAACAACAUCCUCCUGUUGCUUCACAGUGUGAUUAGACUCUUCUAUGACAAGUCUUUGUACAUGGCUUACAAACUCUCUCUGUGUUUCAGCUGCCUGAAUAGCUGUCUGGAUCCUUUUAUUUACUACUUUGCCUCGAAGGAGUUCAGAAUGAAGCUGCGAGAAAUAAUGAAUCUGCAGAGCACAAGUAGUGCAGAUUCAAUGAAGAUGGAAAAUAAAGAGACUUUGUACUCUGCUCAAUGAGAUUUCAAAACUUCCUGCUACCUUUGAUACCACAGACAAAAAAAAAAUCUUGAAAAGGGAAGCUUCUGUGAGAG